GAGACGUGGAUUGAAGAUACAACGACGGAGGUAUACACUUGACCUUGGGGCAGCGGCUCGGCAGGUUGGGUAACUUACGACUCCAAGAAGCCGUCUAUCCAUCACUGUCCUGUUACAACUAUGUAUUUAGUCUAAAUCUUCAAGAAAAGUCUUGUGGACCCCAAGAUGGACUCGUGUGUGUGAAGACCAACAGGUAACCCGGGAUACUUCCGAAAUACAGAAGUCCCAUCCCGCCAGAUGUCGCGUGUGAAGGUUCUAGACGCGGGAGGUGAUGCGCUCCCAAUGUUUCAGCACCAGGGCCAGAACUAUCCCAACUACGCCCAGACAGACUCCAUUGUCAACAUACACAAGGUUCCUAUCAGGGAUGACGAUAUCUUCAUCUGCGGUUUCCCUAAGUCAGGGACUCACUGGGUUUGGGAGGUGUCGCGAAUGCUUCUGGCAGGCCAUCAGUUGGACGAUGCGGUGGAGAAGGGAGUCGGGAUGAUGGAAUAUGCUCCCCAUGACGCCAUCCAGGCAAUGUCAUCCCCGCGCCUCCUCAACACCCACUUCAAGUUGAGUCUACUCCCACCGGACAUUGUAAAGAAGAGAUGCAAGAUCGUGUACCUGUUGCGGAACCCUAAGGACGUCGCCGUCAGCUACUACAACUUCAUGCUCAAACUCCCCUACUACACCUACAGGGGCAAGUGGGAGAACUUCAUGAAAUAUCAUGUGCUUGGAAAGUUUUCAUACGGGUCGUGGUUUGACUUCGUCUUGGACUGGGAAGAAGAAAAACUAAAGCAUCCGGAGUUACCUGUCCUUACUCUUCACUACGAGGACAUGAAGGAGAACAAUCUACGUGAAUUAAGGAAACUCGACAGGUUUCUUGGGACCGACCGGGGUGAGGGCUUCCUGUCUGCUUUGUGUGAACACACAAGCUUCACAGGGAUGAACCAGAGAAAGGCACGGACAUCUUCCGACCAUGGCGCGUUUCCUGGACUGUACCGCAAAGGUAUUGUUGGGGACUGGAAGUAUUGGUUCAGCCCGGAACAAAACGAAUGGUUCGACACAUAUUACAGAGAGAGAAUGGAGGGGAGCGACCUGAAUAUAAGAUUUUCAUUGUCCUGACGUGCGACCAUGGACGCCUCGACCUGAGAAAACAUCACACAUACGCCAGGAAUCGCUCAACUGAAGACAGUUAUCAAAUUGACUUAACAUGGGACGGUUAACAUAUAUAUACGGACCUCAAUUGUGAACUCUUGACCAAAAGUCAACUGGAACUAUGUCAUUGCCUGGUUGUCCAUCCUCCCUGUGUUUGGGUCAAGGGGGCAAGGGUGGCCCAGUCGUCUAUGGCGCCGCGAUUCGCUGUGCAGAGUUGCGUCCCUUGGGCACGCCAGAAACAUAUGAUUGUGGGUUCGAAUCCCGGUUCGCCCCGAUUAUGU